CCGCCCCGCCGGUAGCCUAGAAAAGCGGUGCCGGGGGCCAGGAGCUGCUCGAAGGCACCGAGGGUUUCCCCCGUCGACCAUGAAGAACCCGGUGCCACAGGCGGCCUCGCUGCUGCUGGAGAAGCUGAUGCUCCUCGUCCACAUCCGGCCAUUGCCCGCGGGCUCCGGCGGGGAAACGCCACCGCCUGCACCCGGCUACUACGACACCAGCUGCUUCAAGCGAGGAGACCUGCUGGAGGUGCCCCGCACCCUCUUCAUCCACUUCGGCAUAUACCUGGGCGAGAACCGCGUCGCCCACUUGAUGCCCGACAUCCUGCCCUCCAUCACCAGCGACCGUCGGCAGAUCCAGCAGGUGGUGACCAACAAGCGGCUUAUCCUGGGCGUCAUCGCCAGGACGGCCAGCGUCCGGGUGGACACGGUGGAGGACUUCGCCUACGGCGGCAGCAUCCUGGUCAACCACAUGGACCGGCUCUUCGAGGACCAGGUGCUGAGCAGUGAGGAGGCGGCCCGCCGGGCAGAGAAGCUGGUGGGCGCCACGGCCUACAGCCUGCUCUGGAACAACUGCGAGCACUUCGUCACCUACUGCCGAUACGGAGCCCCCGUCAGCUUCCAGACCGACAAGUUCUGUGAGACUGUGAAGAUGAUUAUUCGGGACCAGAGGAGCGUUCUCGCAUCGGUGCUUGUGGGACUAGCGUCAAUAGUCUGCCUAGGUGUGGCACCCGCCACCACGCUCCCCACUAUCUUCAUUCCCUUCUUUCUGUGGAUGGCUGGCUAACAGCCUUCCUGGAGUCUUCCAUCCAGCGUCUGUAUAUAAGAUGUAUACUACUGUAUUUAUGAAAGCACACAUUACUCACUGGCAUCAUGUAAAGUUUCUUAACUUUGUGCACCAUUUUAAAAUACAACUUUGUCUAGAACACAGUGCACAAGGCAUAGCUUACUGUGUAAGCCAAAUAACAGAUUUCCUGAAAAUCUUGGUAUAUUUUAACACACCUUUAAAUCAUGGAAAAAGUAGGGUUGCGAUGCAGUUCUGCUCCUUGUCUUUAGCCAGAAAUGAUUCUUAUAACAUCCUUCACGUUCUUCAGUUUUUUAGCUGCAUACCUGGGUGCCAUAACUAUUAAUAAAAAUGGAUGAUGGAGUUCCACAUAGCGAUGGAAAUGGAGAACAAACUUCUUACCUCUUCCUUUAUAGAUAUAGUGUAUAUUCAGAAAUUACUGUCUCCAUUCCUAAAAUACUCCUUGGUGGAAAUGCAAGUAAAUUGACUCUUUUUGAUUGCAAAGAAGAAAAGCCAACCCUGAGCUGGGUGCUGCAGGAGCACAUUUGGCCUGACCAGUUAAAGUCAUUUCCCUUUUGGGAAAUGUUCAGAAAUCUGUCAUUUGCAUUAACUGUGUAAACACUUGCUACCUUAUUGAACAACUUUUAAAUUCGGUUAGCGAUAAGGAAAGGUGGCAAUUCCUCACCAAUUUCUUUGCCAGUGAUAGUGGCUAAUAUAAAUGGCUACAGAGGGAUUUAGGAGCCAUAGGAAGAAAUUUGCUUGCUUUAUGUCAACUAGUGAUGUAAAGAUGUUUGGACAUUUCCAUCAUUCCAGGGCACAUGGCAGGGAGGAGGAGGACAGACACCAAUUUAGUUCCUACCAGUCCUCAGCAGUGGAACCUGUGUAGGUGCUGUAAAGUAUCAGGGAUCAUUGGAGCAGUUUCUGUGGUGGCUAUAUUAUGAUUUUGGAUAUUGCCUUAAAACACUUUCUCAAUGAAAGACAACAUGUCUUCCUAUACUCAUCUCUUAUAAGUAUUCACUUUCAAGCAUUUAGCUGGUGCUAGAAACGUUUUAUCUUCAAUGCUGAGGCCUUUCAGUUUAUCAAGAAUGUAUAAAGUCGGAUUUGAAAUCAAGUUCCUGUAGGCAAUUAUUUAAAUGUUAAAAACCUUUGCUAUUGUUUUUAUUAGCAAGGUCUUUUAUGUAUGCAGAGAAAUUGUUCAGCUUCUGGAAUGCCUUGUGUGCAUACAUGUGCUUACUUGUUCACAUGCUGUGCUUGCCUUCCUUCUAGUUAAAUAUGAUGGUGUCUUCACCAAGGAACUCAACCUCAGAUUUACUUCUAUUAAUGGUGUGCAGUGUCCUGCCAUCAGCUCUGUUGCUGAAACGGCCACUUGCCCAUUUUUAGAGAGACUCCUUUUAACUGUGUUAUAAACCCCCUCCUCCUUCCUCUAGACCUUACAAAUGCUUGAAGGUUGGAUUUUUAGAACGGAGAGUCUACUUGGCUAUUCUCUAAUUGUCAUCUUCUGGCUGCUCCACCAUAAACGACAAAGAAUGUAAAGACUGGGGUGAAAUUCCAGCUCAUAGGAAAGAGCAGCAUGACUCCUGCUGCCAUCAAAUAGGGGAUUUCAGCCCAGCUUUCACAUGUUCAGUCGGCAGCUCAGCUCCAAGCAGCUGGAUAUCAAUUACUGCUGGAUUCUUGUAAACAACUUCUAUUCUGCUUUGAAAGACUGCAAUGCUCAGUGUAACUGUUUCUGGUAAACUUUUGAAAUUAAGGUGUUUUUUAAUUAAUAUAAGUUACUUUUUCAUAGAGUAUGCAUUAGUAAUAUGUGCAUAAACUCCAAUGUGGUUUUUUUACUUGCUGUGAAUAAGGCAUGAGCUGUAGUCAUAACUGUAAUUAUAUACAUUUUAUUCAUUUAAAAAUGUCUGUUGACCUCUUGAAAUUGAGUAUAAUGCUGUAGCAUUACUCUAAGAUAUCCCAGUAGGGUACUGAACAGGCCAUUAACAUGCAGUUACAUGGUGUCUGAUUACAGGUGGGCUUUCCUUUUACCUUUUAUUUAAUUGGGAUUUAUAAGAAUUCCAGUAAUUCUUACGAUCCACAUAUACGAUAAACAACAGGGUCAUGACCAGUAACUGAAUCACAUGUGGGACUCUUGGAAGGCAGAGAAAUGUUCCUGCUCUAGCUUCAGUAUCAAAGGACCUGUGCUCCUGCACUGCUAACACUGUUGAGUAAAAAGCAUCCAGAUUGACUACAUUGGGAUUUUUAUAGGUAUCUAUGAAAGAAAUGAAAGCAGUUCCUUGCAAGCUUUCAGAUGUAUCAGUAGAGAAUUUUCCUUCUACAUAUAAAGUUUUAAACUUA